UGUUACCAGCAGGUGGAACACGAAUUCUUCAGUUUGUAGAAGACAGAAUACAGACCACUAUGCUGACUGGAAUUGCAAUUGGAGCUGCAGUAGCCAUCUUCCUUAUAGGAAUUGUAGUAUUUCUUGUUUACAGAAGAGUGAAACAAUCUAAACAACUGCAACCGCAUGUGCCCCAGUACCGAUUUCGUAAGAGAGACAAAGUGAUGUUCUAUGGGCGGAAGAUCAUGAGAAAAGUUACAACUCUUCCAAACUCCCUGGUUGGGAAUACUGUGCCUCGCCAAAGGAUGAGGAAACGGGCAAAAGUUUUAUCAUUGGCUAAAAGGAUUCUGCGUAUUAAGAAGGAGUGUCCAACACUGCAGCCAAAAGAACCACCUCCUUCUCUGCUAGAGGCAGACCUCACUGAAUUUGAUGUGAAGAAUUCCCAUUUGCCAUCAGAAGUGCUGUAUAUGCUUAAAAACGUUAGGGUUCUUGGUCACUUUGAGAAGCCCCUUUUUCUGGAGCUGUGUAAGCACAUGUUUUUUGUACAGUUGCAUGAAGGUGAAUACAUCUUCCGUCCUGGGCAGCUGGAUAACAGCAUCUAUGUUGUGCAGGAUGGCAAGCUGGAAGUUUGCAUACAAGAAAGUGAUGGCACAGAAGUGGUUGUUAAGGAGGUGCUGGCGGGAGACAGUGUCCACAGCCUUCUCAGCAUCCUUGACGUUAUCACGGGUCAUCCUGCUCCCUAUAAAACCGUCUCGGCCCGGGCAGCCGUUCCCUCCACAAUAUUGCGACUUCCAGCAAGUGCCUUUCAAGACGUCUUCCAGAAAUAUCCUGAAACUCUUGUUAGAGUUGUACAGAUCAUCAUGGUAAGGCUGCAGAGAGUGACAUUCCUGGCAUUGCACAACUACCUUGGUCUGACUACGGAGCUCUUCAACUGUCAAAGCCAAGCCAUCCCCCUGAUCUCAGUGGCAAGUGUAACAUCUGGAGGAAAUGCACUGAAGGUCUCCAGUACAGAAUAUACUGAGCACAUUUUCAGAAGAAGCUUUUCUUCUCCUCCUUCUUCUGGGUCAGCAGAGGUUCCUGGUAAUUCCAGCGGUGCUAAGUCAGACAUGGACAUGGCCUAUGAAAGAGCCAGGGUUCACUUUGGCUCGGAGGACACUGGCAGCAGCCCAGCGGGGAGCAAGUCGAUAUUGAAGAAGACUGUGACGGUGACAGAAACUCCUUCAGCAGUUUUCCAUUAUACUGAUCGUGAGCUUGCUGUGCAAGACUCCUCUAAUAGUAAACCCAUUGAUGCCAUCUUUGAGGCAGCAAAGAAAGACCUUUCAACCUUGAUGAAACUUGAUGAUCCUUUGCUGCUGAAUGGUAAAGUGACACUGCAUCAGGUUACUGCUGGGACUGUGGUAUCAAGGCAGGGAGAUCAGGAUGUUAAUGUUUGCUUUGUGAUCUCGGGGAUGCUCCAUGUGUACCAGCGGAAGAUUGACUCUGAGGAGGACACCUGUCUCUUCAUCACCCAUCCAGGAGAGCUUGUUGGCCAGCUGGCUGUGCUUACUGGGGAGCCGCUGAUUUUCACCAUCAAGGCCAAUCGGGACUGCAGCUUCCUGUCUAUUUCCAAGUCUCAUUUCUAUGAGAUAAUGCGGGAGCAGCCCAGUGUCGUUCUGGGGGUGGCCCACACUGUUGUAAAGCGAAUGUCCUCGUUCGUCAGGCAGAUUGACUUUGCCCUGGAUUGGAUGGAGGUUGAGGCUGGACGAGCCGUUUACAGGCAGGGUGAUAAGUCAGACUGCACCUACAUUGUGUUGAAUGGUCGACUUCGCUCUGUCAUACGGAUGGAUGAUGGAAAAAAGCACCUGACUGGUGAAUAUGGCCGAGGAGACUUAAUCGGAGUGGUAGAGGCAUUAACCCAUCAACCUCGAGCCACAACAGUGCAUGCAGUCAGAGAUUCAGAGCUUGCCAAACUCCCAGAGGGAGCCCUGACGUCUAUCAAACGCAAAUUCCCCCAGGUUGUGACUAGACUUAUUCAUUUGCUGGGCGAGAAGAUUCUUGGCAGUCUUCAGCAGGGAGGUCAUCCGCUUGGAUUACACACCUCGAGUAGCAAGUGGGAUGCUGGAAACCCUGCUAAUAACCUCUCCACGGUAGCAAUUAUGCCAGUGUCUGAAGAAGUACCUCUUACUGCUUUUACUCUGGAGCUCAAGCAUGCGCUCAGUGCUGUAGGUCCUGCUUUGCUGCUCACAAGUGAUAAUAUCAAACAGCGACUGGGUUCUGCAGCGCUGGACAGUAUCCAUGAGUACCGCCUGACGAGCUGGCUGGGACAGCAGGAGGACAUUCACCGCAUUGUGCUAUACCAGGCAGACAGCACCCUUACUCCAUGGACGCAGCGCUGCAUCAGGCAGGCUGACUGCAUCUUGAUAGUGGGGCUGGGAGACCAGGAGCCCACUGUUGGAGAGCUGGAGAGGAUGCUGGAGAACACAGCUGUCCGAGCCCAGAAGCAGCUUGUCCUGCUUCACAAAGAGGAUGGGCCUCUGCCUUCCCGAACUGUGGAGUGGCUCAACAUGAGGAGCUGGUGUUCUGCCCACCUGCAUCUCCACUGUCCCCGCAGAGUCUUUUCCAGAAGAAGCCUGCCCAAGCUGAUAGAGAUGUACGAGCGGGUCUUCCAGAAGGCGCCAGACCGCCACUCUGACUUCUCCCGCUUAGCCCGUGUCCUCACCGGCAAUGCCAUCGCGCUGGUCCUUGGAGGUGGAGGAGCAAGGGGCUGCUCCCAGGUGGGAGUUAUCAGAGCGCUGAUUGAAGCUGGCAUCCCUGUAGAUAUGAUUGGAGGAACCUCGAUUGGAGCAUUCAUGAGCGCCUUGUAUGCUGAAGAGCGAAGCUACAAUCAGAUGAGGAUCAAAGCUCGUCAGUGGGCCAUGGAUAUGAAUUCAGUGUUUAAGACCAUUCUAGACUUGACAUAUCCAAUAACAUCCAUGUUUUCUGGAGCAUCUUUUAACAAUGGCAUCAACAACAUCUUCAAGGAUAAGCAGAUAGAGGAUCUGUGGAUUCCUUAUUUCACGAUCACUACCGACAUCACUGCUUCGACAAUGAGGGUCCACACGGAUGGCUCUCUGUGGAGGUACGUCCGGGCCAGCAUGUCUCUCUCCGGGUACAUGCCCCCUCUGUGUGAUCCCAAGGAUGGGCAUCUUCUCAUGGAUGGAGGUUACAUCAACAACCUUCCUGCUGAUGUUGCAAGGUCCAUGGGCGCAAAGGUGGUGAUAGCGAUCGAUGUGGGAAGCCGGGAUGAGACAGACCUCACCAACUAUGGAGACUGCUUGUCCGGCUGGUGGCUGCUCUGGAAGAGAUGGAAUCCGCUGGUGGAGAAAGUCAAGGUGCUGAACAUGGCAGAGAUCCAGACGCGGCUUGCGUAUGUGUGCUGUGUGCGGCAGCUGGAGAUGGUCAAGAACAGUGACUACUGUGAGUACAUCCGGCCACCCAUUGACCGAUACGGCACCCUGGACUUCGGGAAAUUUGAUGAAAUCUGUGAAGUGGGAUACCAACAUGGAAAAACUGUAUUUAAUGUGUGGUGCAGGAGUGGAGUCCUUGACAAGAUGUUAAAAGACAGGCAAGAAACUUGCAAAUCCAAAACCUCUGAUAACGUGACCUGCCCCAGCCCCUCUUUCACAGACCUGGCAGAAAUCGUGUCCAGGAUCGAGCCGGUGAAAGCACCUGUGGCAGACGAUGAGUCAGACUACCAGACUGAAUAUGAAGAAGAAAUUCUGGACAGCCAGAAGGAUGAUUAUAUUAAUUUCCUCAGCAACCAGGUUGAAGAAGACUCCGACUCGGUAUGA